UCUUUGGGCAAGUCAUCCGCCGGAGUGACACGUAGCCUAGCUUUACAACACAACUACACUCCACUGACAUAAAACGAGGUGCACAGUAUCACGCGUUUCCCAGCGAACACAGCUUGGGAGCCUCUUGCUAUAUGACUUUAAAAUAAACCACGUCAAUGCAAGCCAUUUGACCGCAUUUUUACAUUCACAAUCUUUUUUUAACGCAAGCUCACAAGCAUAAGGUGGCGCCUCCUCACAUCCGCAUUUGAAGUUCUGAACACCAGUCAUGUAUCCCUCCGCCUGCGGUAGAAGUGCUGAGGCUGGGACCGCCGCCAUUUUGAAUGUCUGGUCCGUUCCUCCUUCCGUCGGUUGAGAAGAUUGCACCUGUUUUCUGGUAUCGUAACGGCUGAGGAUGCCAGCUCCGAUCAGACUGCGGGAGCUGAUCCGGACAAUCCGGACGGCUCGAACCCAGGCCGAGGAGCGAGAGAUGAUCCAGAAAGAGUGUGCUGCCAUUAGGUCAUCCUUUAGAGAAGAGGACAACACAUACCGCUGUAGAAAUGUGGCUAAGCUCCUUUAUAUGCACAUGUUGGGCUACCCGGCACACUUUGGCCAGCUGGAGUGCCUGAAGCUGAUUGCAUCACAGAAAUUCACGGACAAACGGAUAGGAUACCUGGGAGCCAUGCUGCUCCUGGACGAGAGGCAGGACGUCCAUCUAUUAAUGACGAACUGCAUCAAGAAGCUGGUUCCACAACUUGUACGAAUCCUGAAGAACCUAAUCAUGUCAGGCUACUCCCCUGAGCACGAUGUGUCUGGCAUCAGUGACCCUUUCCUGCAGGUGCGGAUAUUGAGGCUACUGAGAAUUCUGGGAAAGGGUGAUGAUGAUUCUAGUGAAGCUAUGAAUGACAUUCUUGCACAGGUUGCAACAAAUACAGAAACAAGUAAAAAUGUAGGCAAUGCUAUCCUCUACGAAACUGUUCUUACAAUUAUGGACAUAAAAUCAGAGAGUGGACUAAGGGUUUUAGCAAUUAACAUUUUGGGACGUUUUCUUCUCAACAAUGACAAAAACAUCAGAUAUGUGGCAUUGACUUCUCUACUGAAGACUGUGCAGACAGACCACAAUGCUGUGCAGAGACAUCGAAGCACUAUCGUGGACUGCUUGAAAGACCUUGAUGUGUCCAUUAAAAGGCGUGCAAUGGAGCUGAGCUUUGCCCUGGUUAACGGCAACAACAUCCGGGGCAUGAUGAAAGAGCUUCUGUAUUUCCUGGACUCCUGUGACCCUGAUUUCAAAGCGGACUGCGCGUCAGGGAUCUUCCUGGCUGCAGAGAAGUAUGCACCCUCCAAAAGAUGGCACAUAGACACCAUUAUGAGGGUUUUGACAACGGCAGGGAGUUAUGUCCGGGAUGACUCUGUGCCCAACCUCAUUCAGCUCAUUACAAAUAGUGUAGAGAUGCAUGCCUACACUGUACAGAGACUCUACAAAGCCCUCCUGGAUGACAUCUCUCAGCAACCUCUAGUACAGGUGGCAUCCUGGUGCAUAGGAGAGUAUGGAGACCUGUUGGUCUCAGGCCAGUGUGAGGAGGAGGAACCCAUUCAGGUUAGUGAAGAUGAGGUCCUGGAUGUUUUAGAAGGUCUUCUCGUUUCUAACUUGUCCGCCCCUGUAACGAGAGGUUAUUCCCUGACUGCUAUCAUGAAGCUGUCCACCCGUUUCAGCAGCGUGAAUCGAAUUAAAAAAGUGGUGUCGAUAUACGGCAGCAGCAUAGAUGUGGAGCUGCAACAGAGAGCUGUGGAAUAUAAUGCACUUUUCAAAAAAUAUGAUCACAUGAGACCUGCAUUACUAGAGCGAAUGCCUAUUAUGGAGAAAACGGCCACUAACGGCCCAGCAGAGAUUGUCCAGACCAAUGGAGAAACCGAUUCAACCAUACUGGACACAAAACAUCUGCCCAGCAUCAUUCAACCAGCCAGUCAGGUAAAUGAUUUAUUAGACCUACUCGGAGGUAAUGAUGUGGUACCUGUUAUCCAAACAGCUGUUCCCACAAAGCCUGCGUCAGCUGGAGGAGAACUACUGGAUCUGCUGGGAGACCUUUCUCUGACAGGUGGUCCGACUCCCACCCCUGCUCCCUCUGUGACCUUGUCCCAGCCCCCUUUCCUUUUGGACGGUCUCGCCUCGCAGCCCCUCUUCAAUGACAUUGCAGCGGGCAUUCCGCCAAUGACGGCGUACAACAAAAAUGGUAUAAAAAUCGAGUUCACAUUUGAGAGGGCCAACCCCAAUCCCAAUAUUGCAGUUAUCACCAUCCAUGCCACCAACUCCACCGAGGCUGACAUGACAGAAUUUGUGUUCCAGGCUGCAGUACCAAAGACAUUCCAGCUGCAGCUCCUGUCCCCCAGCAGUAAUGUAGUCCCAGCACUCAACCAGGGAAGUGUCACGCAGGUCAUCAGGGUUCUCAACCCACAGAAGCAACAGUUGCGAAUGCGGGUCAAGCUGACAUACACUCACAAAGGCUCUCCUGUACAAGACCUGGCCGAGGUCAACAAUUUCCCCCCUCAGUCCUGGCAGUGAUUUGCUACCCUUCUCAAUCUUAAAGACCCCCAGCAAGGGAACUAUGGGAAAGAUGUCCCCUCCCCAUUCCCAAAUGAUCCCCCGUGACGACAUCACAGAUCGCUGCCCUGGGGUUGCAUGGGAAGCAGUGGAAUCUUCCUGACACAGUCAAGAGUUGAUGGUAUGAAGACAUGAUGAUGAUGAAGACAAUUACAGCGACAAUGAUGAAGAAAAAUCACAAAUAUCUCAAUACAUAUCUUUUCAUUCGUUUCUUUGCCCACCUGUCUUUCUCUCUGCUUCGGGGGUUAGUGCAAAAUGUCCAUGCUCACACUUGCACUUAGCGCGCUGUGCACUCUCACUUAAUCUGUCACUAUAGUGCACUCUGACUCACCCUGCCGCCCAGGGCCCAUACAUGGGAAAACAUUACUUGUGGCCACUAUACAAAGGAGCUGCUUGUUUGAUUUGUCUGUUUUGUGUGAAUUUUAUUUUUUUUUUCUUUUUCUUUCAUGUUUUUAAUCUUGCUAAUGGGUUUGGUGUAUUUUAAGAAAGAAAAACAAAAAAAGACAUACUAAAUGAAUUGCAAAAUUCUGAACAUUGGCACCUUAACCAUUUCAGAAUCAAGAGGAAAAUGGGUUGUGAUGGCGCCUUAAAUCAUCGUUGUACAUGGCAUUUCUUAAUUUUCGUGUAAGGUUGAUCUAAUGUCCUGUAAUAAAGUAUACCAGGUGAAUGCUCCGGAUUCAAGCUAUGUUGUGGCCACACCGUAUUUCACAUGAAACCGUUUGGCUCAUUGUCUGUCAGCAGUAAUGUACACACUAUCAGAUCUGUCAAGAAGCGCUUGACUUGCAUCAAAUUAAUCAUCAUGAAUACGCAAGUUCAUACAGCUCAUACCUUGAUUCUUGAUUUCUUAUUCCUAAGCAGCGUCUAAAUGUCAUUGACAAUGAAACUGGAGGUGACUGAGAGAGAGGCUGUUGCUUGUUACGGUUUGCGCAGUUUACACCACCCAAUAGUUUUGCGUCGUCAAAGCUGGACACUUUUCCCCAAAGCCCUUAAUUUGGCAUAUAGUUGUUUUGUUUGCCUCUACUUAUCACAGAUGGUGUGUUCUUGUAUUGUUUUUUUUAAAUCUUAAAAUACGUUUAUAUAGAUUGAAAAUAGCCUAUACUAAAGAAGUUUGAUUUUUAGCGCAAUCCUUAAGAAUUGAAAUCUACUAAAAAUGUAAAGUAGUUAAAGAACGUGAUCUUAAAAUUCAAAUCGAUUUCUCACUAAAUUAGCACAACUAGAGGCCCGGCAAUGUAUAAUGGGAUUAUGGUCAGCAUAGAUGCUGUAAAUAUAGACUAUGAAUAUAAGGCCUUCAUGAAUGUAGUUAUAUGCACUGAAUGGACUGUUUUGCUUUUGUUUGACUUUCUGCAGUGAUUUGGAGUACAGAAAUAUUGCCUGAUUUAAAGCAAUGUGCCUUCGUCAUAACUAGUUGAAAAGAAAACCCUCAUAUGAGUGGUUAUCAUUACAGGAAGAGCAAGAACAUGAUGUCUGAAGAGUAGAGGACUUUUUUGUUUUGCUGUCAUUUCACUCGAGUUCUCGUUCAGAGGGCGUCUUAAGUGCGUACCGGCGGUGUGUGUUGGUGUCUCUUCUUGCCGCUUCCAAAGGCAGUUCACAACAUUAACCUGAAUAUACCUCACAUUGUCUUCUUGUUUUGUCUUUGUCGACUCGGGAGAGUACUGUGACCGUUUCAUCAAGUCAUCGAAAUGCUCUCUGCGUCCGUACCCUCGUGUCUUCUCUCGCUGCUCUUUGUUUUCUUCAUCACUUUGCGUAAUUGCAUUCGCUAUGCCACACCGAAGUCUGGUGACCAAAUCAAGAGAUGUUCUUUGGGCUUGGGAAAUAUUUUUAGCAAUGUUCUGUAUAUGGAGAGGGAAAAAAAAAGACUUCUCAUUCUAUUAGCCUCUUUGUGUUUUGUUGCGAUUCUUUAGAUUACUUGGCUUUUUCUGUACAUACUGAGGGCUUUUAAGAUGCAUCAGUUGUUUCUUUUCAUCCCUUUUUAAGAUCCCAUUUUCUAAGACUUGCUUCCAGUACUGCACACAGUGUAUAAUGUUUGAAGCUGUCCCUCAGAAAGUAGUCUAAUUUAACAACUUACCUGUUUGAUUGUUUAUUGGAAAGAAAAUGUACUAUGUGC